AUGGUAGUGGUCGUUGGGAUUAUUGCUAACAACGGUGGCUACGUGAUCGACAAUAUUGAAGAUGGCAAGACCUGCGAGGCCAAGACUGUCAUUGAAGGCAUAGACGCAGCAAAGAAGUCAAUAACUUUCAGAAUAAUAGAAGGCGAUGUGCUUGAACAUUACAAGAGCUUCAGGGCCACGAUUCAAGGCAUUCCAAAUGAAAAGGGAAGUGUGGCCCACCGGAUCUUUGAAUAUGAGAAGGUGCACGCACAAAUUCCAGAUCCUCACUCUCUGAUGCAGCCUGCAUCAGAGAUAAGCCGAGACAUUAAUGCCCAACUUUCACAAGGACAGGGCCACGAGGAUCAGUUAUCUGGGAAGGUCGAAGUUGAUGUUCACAUUGAUGCUUCUGCGGACAAAUUUAAUGAAAUUCUGAGCAGCAGGCCACACCACAUUCCCAAUAUUUCUCCUGGCAACAUUCAAAAUGCUAUUGUUGAAGGAAGCUGGGGAAAGGUCGGUUCUGUCAUUGUCUGGCAUUACAUCCAUGAUAAGCACUUAACUUCUUCAUGCAAAUGCAUAGGGAGCAAGAUCGAAGAAUAUGGAUCGGAGGUGAUUCGUGCCAUAGAUGGGAACAAGAACUUGAUCACUUUGAGAGCUGUGGAGGGAGAUACCAUGAAGGAUUUCAAGAGCAUGGACAUAACUCUGCAGGCAACUCCAAAGGAUAAAGGGAGUGUGGUGCGCGUUACGCUUGAAUAUGAAAGGCUGAAAGGUCACGUUCCUGAUCCUCACACUCUCACACAGUUGCGGAUAUUGCCAAAGACCUGGCUCAUUCAGAAGUUGUAUGCAAUGCUUGUGGUGCUUUGUUCUUAUGUAUCGCCAUCAGCUUCUGUUCUUAUGUGUGAUGUAAGGCUUGAGAUUAUUCAUGUUUGA